AUGGACACUGGCGGUCUUGCUCAGAUGACUUACAACUCGUCUUUCAAUAAUGGCAACUCCCUCGGAGCACCGGGCUCUGGCUUUGGAUCUCGGAGGAAAAGCGCUCACAUCAAACGACUGAGUGUGCCGCCUCCUCACAUCUCGACCAUCGAUGAAUCUCAGCCGUCGGGCCCGAUCCCCACCCCCCGAACGAGUCGCUCGCACCUUUUGGCCGGUCUGCGAACUGCCCCCAAGUCAGCCACCGUGCCUUCGGCUUCCCAACGUCAGCAGCAGCUUGGAGUGGAAGGUGAUCGGUACGGAAAUCACGCCAACCGCGCCGCGGAACGGGUCCCGCAAACCGCUAUGGGAACUGGCUUCCCUCGCCACUCUUUCGGUAUGAACCAGAACGAGGACACGAACCAAGGUCGUCCCAUGUACACUCUCCCGGAGCAGGUCCUUGCACCCCCGACGCUCGACAUCGGCAACGACAUGCACAUCGACGAAAGUCUGUACGCAGAGCUCAUGUCUACGAAUCUCUUCUUAGCUGCCCAGCAGCAGCGCCUGCAGCAACAGUUGGUCAGCGUGACGGCGGCAGCGCAGCAGUUCCAGGGCCUCAGCCUGGGAAUGCCUCUGGGAGCCCAACAGCAGCAGGAAAUCCCUUCGCUGUCCGUUCCGGGCAUGGGAUUCUACCAGCAACAACUUCAGCAGGGCGUGCAGCCCGUUGUGCAGCCUGUUCUCGGCCAGCCUGGGCUGUUCUCGGUCUUCAACCCUCUCACGGGCCAGCAAAAUUACAUUUAUGACAAUUCUGCCCAGCAGGAUGGCUCGCCGGCCCCGUACCAGGAAGAGGAGCAGCCUCCCGCCAUGCACGUCCCCCCCUUCCGCGCUGAAGUUUCCCCGCCUCCCGAAUCGACUCACUCGCAGGAGAGAUUCCCCCAGCCGGUGUCCCCACCCAGCUCCAGUCCUUCCCCGCCUCACGAAACAGUCCCGUUGCCGCCGCCAUCCGCCAAUGCAUUCCGCAGGGGCCACAAGAAGAGCUCGUCGUUCAACCCAGCGUCCAAACUACCGAUCGACACGGCCCGGGCCAAUGCCAACAACACUAUUCCUGCCCCCAAGACCGCUGCUUUGCCACAGACACCCGCCACGGGUACUUUUGGACCCGGUCAAGGACGCGCGGGUGAACACCCUAUGCGCCAACCACGCGGCCCGCCCUCCCUGGAGGAACUCGUUGCAAAGCCUACCUCGAAGCACGAAGGCAGUAAGAAUUUUGCUACUCGCCAACGUCGACGGGCCGUCCACAACCUGGUGCGUGCGGGAAUCGAGCGGCGAGGCGAAACCCGCAGCUUUGGAUGCCACAGCAGCGGUGGCACCAACACCCCGGCCAGCGAGAAGGAGUUCACUUUCUCCGAUGGAGACGAUGCCACCGUUCGCAGUGGCAGCCUCUCGAGCAAGCCGAGCCUGGGCAGUUUGCGUGCUGCGGCCAACGGUGCGAUUGGCUCCGAGAGGAAGGAAAGGUCUUCUCGGGAACGACGGUCGCAGGAUAGCCCCUACAACACCCCCAUCAGCGAAGAUGGAGGCUUCUUCGGAGGCAAGUUUGGAGAUGUUCGAUCGGGCCAGGUCUCUCCCCCAGCGGGGUCACCUUCGGUUGCUGCUGUCGUCGCGGGCCAGAAGACGGUAGCUCAGGGUCCGGAGAGGCGCAAGACUCCGAUGCUUGUGCUCUCCAGCGCUGAAAAGCGCAAGACCCCGAUCAUGUAA